GUUUCAACUCCAGUCUUUGGUGGAGAUAGUGUCGUCAGGCCACUCCAAGUCCACAAUUGAGUUGUUGUCUGCGAUGAUUCCAGGAUGUCUCUCACGUAGUUUAUACGAAAUAUACGAAACCAACAAAAUUGAAAACAACGGUUCCAUUCGCCUCCAAAAUGUCGUCAAGUUCCAAACAAGUUGACCGGUUCUGUCAUCAGUAUCUCCAGCUCCAGUCUGACUUGGACUAUCCAGAAGCUUCACUGUUGAAGACUUCUCAAGUUCAAGAUGCGUUUUAUGAGAGGUUAUUCGCUGAUGGAGCCGUGAGAUAUGGACCUCCUCCACGGUUUCAGCUUCGAGUUCUCAAAGAGCUCAUGUCCAGAAUUGAAGCUAGCAUUGAUGACUGGGAAGAGUAUGGCGUAUCUGAUGACUUGAUGUCUGCACUUUCACUCUUUCUCGCAAACCCAUUACCUUCAGAAGCCACUUCUGCUCAACAAAAGUCCUAUGUCACAUACCAUCUCUCUGAGUUAUGUGAAGACAACUCAGAGCCAAGCCCGCAGGCGCCUCAUAUCACCCUUCUUGAGAACCAUUCUCUCAUCUCAGGCUCAGGGACCACUGGUCUACGCACGUGGGAGGCUGCCCUUCACUUGGGGUCAUACCUUAGCCAGAACAGACACAUUGUCAAGGGAAAGCGAGUCUUGGAACUAGGAGCUGGUACAGGAUAUCUUUCUAUUCUUUGCGCCAACUUUCUCGACUCUCAACAUGUCAUAGCAUCAGAUGGCUCUGACGAUGUGAUCAACAAUCUCCCCGAUAACCUUUUCCUCAAUGAGCUUCAAGAUUCCGUUCAAGUAACCCCAAUGGACGUCAAAUGGGGACAUGCACUCAUGGGCACCGAAGAGGAGAAAUGGAAUGGUGGACGUCCUAUUGAUGUCGUGCUAGGCGCCGAUAUUACUUACGACAAGAGCGUAAUCAGAGCCCUGAUCGGGACUCUGCGUGAGGUAUUUGACCUUCAUCCACAUGUGGAGGUUUUCAUCUCAGCGACACAACGAAACGAGAAGACGUUUCAAGCGUUCUUGGACCAGUGCCAAGCUAACGGACUCGCCGUCGAGGUGAUACAAUUCCCAAUUCCAAAGCGGGAAGUUCAACAAGGGCCUUUUUACAACGAUAAUGUCGCUAUCCAUAUCUGCAAAGUUUCCAGAACGUAACCGGGCCCCUGGAAUCCAGGGCGACACUAUACUCAAUUCAUGUCAAUAGAGGGCGGGAGCUAGGAUAGCGCAGUCUGCCAAAGGGAAAACUCCUCUGCAUUCCAGUUAAGAAGUCGGCGUCAACCAGCGACAUUCGGAUGUCUCACCAUGAAUUAUCUAUACAGAAUGCGGCAUCUUGAUAAUUCGGGAGAUCCGAAAAAGCACAAAAGCUGAACGACUCAACUGCCAAACUAUUGUUACAGAAAACACAUCACGGCUAGACAGAAUCUUGGUUGUAAAGCGUCGUGCCACUGAAGUGAUAAUCGGCUCACGAUAAGCGCUGUGGCCAUGCGGUUCGUGGCUAGGUGUCGCUCGGCUGGCUGUAUUUGUCAUGGGAUUUUUGACGUAUCAGAGACUUGAAGACUCGGAUGCAACGGGCAUAGCAAUUGCAUGAUCUCGAUAUGUCACUUGAGCUCGGAUAUGGGGAAAAGUCACACCACUGCAUGUCAACCAUGAUGAUACCUCUGAACCUUGGCUCAAAGCAUGGGCCCACGGUUAGCCGACCCGAUGAACCUCUUCAUCAGACUUCUGUUUGCCUUGAAGAAAUGGUCAAUUGCACAGAUUGAAGACAUGGCAAACUCCCCAACAACUUUGUUGCCCCCCAGGUACAGAACCGCACUACAAGUUGGCCUAGGCUUUCGAGGCCAUAGGAUGCUCAAAUAGAACGCCAGAAUCAGCCUCCGAGACCCCUGAAGGCAAUUAGGUUUUAGUUGCGGGGAAGAGCAAAAAGGGUUGGCUCCAGAGGGCACAAUCUAGAAGCUGACAAGCAGGCGAUCUGGGCUGAUGAUUGGCUUUGCCCCGCGCUCGAUGGCGACAGGUGCUUAUUAUCCUGUUGGUAGUUGGAAUCCCGUCAAGUUGGUCAGGUGCCCCGGGGUGUAGCUCUCUUACCAGCCAAGAACGUGGCACCCUUGGGGAUGAACGGACAAAGAGCCACGGGAUCAGUGGCCUCAACUUGAAGACGAUCUGGGUGUAGUAGGUUCGGGAGAGUGACGCUGGAGGCCGCGGGCUGGAAUGUACGCUCCGGCACGACACUACUAUUCAGACUGUCGAUAGUCCGUCAUUGCACUCGCCUUCUUAGCGGGGAGUAGUGCUGAGAAGACUGUGUGAAUGUUGAUAAUGUCUUCAAAUAGACUGAAGUUCUAAAUGGUACAAACUUUGCACUGUGCUCUAU